CUCCAAAUCCCAUCUUUGCCAACCGAUCUGCUACGACAUUAGCUUCUCUCGACAUAAAAUUACUUUUACUUCUGUAUAAGAUCUUUUAAAAAAAAUAACUCGAAAAAAAAGAUCUUUUCUUAAAAGCUCACCCAAACAAGCUCUGAGUCCAGGUUCCUCUCAUCCAGCUCCUGGUAGUCCGUCCAACCACCGCCUGCUACCGCCGCCGUCGGAACUUCGAACAGCCACCGCCUGUUCCCUCACUUCCCCUCCAUCGCGCAUCAGCCAUCGCAGCCUUCCUUUCCUUCCAUCGCGCAGCCACCGUGCGAACGUGGAAGCCUCCGUCGCUAGCUCUGUUCCACCGCAGGUCCACCUUCUCAGUCCCUCUGCCGUGUGCCCUAAACCAUGGACGAGGACCAAGAGAUGGAGAGGUUCGAAAUGGACAACGAUUUCGAAGAAGGCCAGUGGAUUAACGGCGAAUUCUACUACAAAAAGCGCAAAGAAAAGCGUACUCAGACCAGAGACGAUGUCCUCUACGGUGUUUUUGCCGGCUCCGACGAUGACGACGACGACGAUUAUUCUAGCAAGAAACUUAGGAAGGACCUUUCCAAGAAGCAGGACCUCACCAAGCCGGUAAAUUUUAUUUCUACUGGAACUUUUAUGCCGAAUCAAGAUGUUGUUGAUAACAAUAGAGAUUCUAAAGAACAUUGUAAGAAAGAUGGUUAUGUUAGUGAGGAUAGGCCAGGUUUAGGUCUUGGAAUGGGAUCUGCUUCCACUUCAGGUGCUGGUUUAGGGUUUAAUAGUAGUAAUGGUGAUAGGAAUAAUGGUUCUGAUGAGAACAUUGAUGAUGGUGAUGAUCAUAAUUUUUUGCCUACGGCUUUUGGGAAGAAGAUUAAGGAAGGGGCGAUGCGGAGGGAGAGGGAAAGGGAGAGGGAGAAAUUGGAGAAGAAGAGGGGUCAGCGUCAGAGUUCGGAUCAAGAUGGGUUUGGUAAUGCGGGGAAAUUCUAUAACAAUGGAAUAGGGAUGAAGCUGUUGGAAAAGAUGGGUUAUAGAGGGGGCGGUCUUGGAAAGAAUGAGCAAGGUAUUGUGGCUCCUAUCGAGGUCAAAAUGAGGGCUAAGAAUUCAGGUAUUGGUUUUAGUGAUGCAAGGGAGGCGCCGCCACCACCAUUGCCUGUUUUGCAGCAACAGAACAAAAGCACGGUGGGAGCAGUGCAGCCUGCGGCUAGCAGAACAAAGGAGAGGCUGUGGUCAAAGCAGUCACGGUUGAAGAAGAAGAAGAAAGAGGAGGAAGUGUAUGUUACUGCUGAGGAGUUGUUGGCAAGCAAGCAAGAACAGAAUUUGGAGGUUGUUCAGAAGGUUUAUGAUAUGAGGGGGCCACAAGUUCGGGUUUAUACAAAUUUAUCUGAUUUAAAUGCUGAGGAGAAAGCAAAGGAGGAGGAUGUCCCAAUGCCGGAACUUCAGCAUAACAUUGGAUUGCUUGUUCGGUUGGCUGAGGCUGACAUUCAAGAGAUUGAUAGAGAUUUGAGGAGAGAAAGGGAGACAGCUCUCAGCUUGAAAAAAGAAAAAGACAAGUUAGAAUCUGAAGCAGCAUUCCAAAAGCGUCAACUGGAUAAUAUGGAGGAAAUAAUGAGUGUCUUGGACCAAGUAGACGAAGAGAGCACUUCAGGAACGCUAACAUUAGAUUUCCUUGCCACAUGCUUCAGUGACUUGCAUAAGAGAUAUGCCGAUAGCUACAAGUUGUGUAAUUUGUCCUGCAUUGCUUGCUCAUAUGCUCUUCCUUUGUUUAUUACAGUGUUCCAAGGUUGGGAUCCUCUUCGAAAUCCAUCUCAUGGGUUGGAGUUGGUAUCUACGUGGAAGACUGUCUUUGAUGCUGUAAGCUGGGAACAACUUAUGCUUCAAUUUAUUGUGCCUAAGUUGCAACUUGUCUUGCAAGAGUUUGAAGUCAAUCCAGCAAGUCAGAAGCUCGAUCAAUUUUUUUGGGUAAUUAAAUGGGCUUCUGUGAUUCCAAUCCAUAUCAUGGUGGACAUGAUGGAGAAGUUCUUCUUCCCAAAGUGGCUUGAGGUUUUGAAUCACUGGUUGUGCUCAAAUCCUAACUUUGAAGAAGUUAUGAAGUGGUAUAAUGGAUGGAAGGAGCUUAUUCCAGAAGAACUAUUGGCAAAUGAAAGUAUCCGAUUCCAGAUUAACCGUGGUUUAGAUAUGAUGAGUCAGGCUGUUGACGGAAUGGAGGUUUUCCAACCUGGUUUGAAGGAGCAACGACAAUAUGAGGCUCAGCAGAAAGCAGCAACCUAUGCUCAACAGCAAGCUGCUGCAGCAUUGGGUGGUGCCAACGCAGAUGGUGUGCAUGAUUUGAGCUUGAAAGAGGUCAUUGAGGCUCAUGCCCAGCAUCAUGGUUUGUUGUUCAAGAUUAAGCCUGGUAGAAUGCACAACGGUUACCAAAUAUAUGGGUUUGGUAAUGUCAGCAUAAUAAUAGACUCGCUACAUCAGAAGGUAUAUGCUCAACAUGAGGAAACAUGGUCCUUGGAAUCUCUUCAAGGAUUGCUAGAGUUGCAUAAUAAAUCCCUUGGUCUUAGCUGGUAUAUAUACUGGAACUGUGUCUGGCAUCACUGCACAACAUCUCGAAUGGGUAAAUUCUUUGCUUCUCUAUCAACUAAGUAGCAUCAUGUUUAUUUAUAUAGUAUAAAUUAGUUUACACCUAAACUUCUAUCGAAUCUUCUUGUUAUCCGUGUACGCUUUUUUCAUAUAACGGGUAGACAAUUCCAAUUGGAGAGUUUGAUAAUCACCUUUUAUUUAUGAAAAUGAAGAAAGUAGAGACCCACAUAUGCUAAGUGAAAUGGUUGGACUAAUCAAGUUUAACAUUAAAUUUCAUGUUUGAGCAUGCAUUAUGCAUAUGUUCACUUCUGAAUUAUUAAAUAUAUUGUUUGAGAAUCCUAAAGAAUGGUUAAAUCUUAGAUAUCACUCCCAAGGAGUAGACCAACUAGAAGCAUAGUAACCUUUAUGCUUUGCUGAAUGACGUGGUUUCUCUUGCUCAUUUUCCUUGCUUCCAGGUUCAUAGAAAGACACUUAAAGAGAUAGCAUUUAAUUAGUAGUACCUUUAUUUUUAUAAGAUCGCCAACUUUGUAGCCUUAUGUAAAGACAUGGUAGGUUGUCUAUAUGAGAGCUCAGGAACCUUUGUAAAGUGGUAAGUUCUUCAAUUUUUGUGUGCUUUGGAACCUUUGGUUCAUCUGAUGAUCAAUAUUAAGUUUGCAUAAUUUAUGCUGCCCAGUUUACAAUAUGAAUCUCUUCAGUCAGGUGUCUCGGUGUUCUUCCAGGUUGUAUUUGAAUUAUGUAUAUAAAUACAGAAACAAAAAGCCAAAGAAAUGAAAACUGAUAUUUUGUUCCUUAAAGACUGAAAGAUUUAUGUAACCACUAUUUCUGUA